AUGUUAGAGCUUCAUGCAACCAAAAUAGAUGACAAGUUUUAUGAACAGCAAGCUGAUUUUGACGAAACGGAUCGACUUGAAGUUGAAGGUACCAAAGUUUCAUAUUUAAAAAAAGGCCGGGAGUAUUGGAAUUUCGACUUUUCAGUUGAGCACCAAGCUAUUCAUGCUACUAUUCUUUGCGAGUUUGAACCUGGUACAAAGUCAAUUGUCGUUUUACUCGAGGACAUUGGUUAUGUUUUUAAUUUAACCGAAAAUUCUAGCGACUAUUUCAUUGUAAAUGUACCUUUCACGGUGAAAAGUGUUUGGAAUUCUCCAUAUGGCGUUCUUUUAGAGCGAUGUCUGGCAAAAAGUGAAGAUACAGAAAAUCCAAUGCCUCACAUUUUCUGUCUUACAGGCCCGUUGGAAGAACUUAGUUUGGUCGCAACAGAAGGAAAACAUAAAUUAAAACUUUGUGACAGCAUUGUGUACAACACCGAGAACAUUGUUGUCACAUAUAGCGAACGGGAUAAACGACUUUCAUUCUGGGGAUGUUCAGCUGCUGAACAAAAUGACCAUCAGCUGUCUUCCAAACUAGAUAAAAAAAAGCAAGCUGCUAGCGGAUUGCUCACGGGAAAUGACCGGUGUGAUUCAUGCUUUUACGGAGUUAAUGGCAAUAGCAACUUUCUGAACAAACUGGAUGACCAAAGCCUGCGGACAUCGGUGCUCUUUACUCAUCUUGAAUCCUUUCCUUUGGCGGGAGCCAAGCAUUUUAACUCAAUAACAGUAAAUGGCGUCCUCGUCGUAACAGUUAUGACUCCCUCAACUAAAAAGGGGAUAUAUGAUUUUAUUUCACAAAGCAUCUUCGAAAGGGUUGCUGUGCUGUCUGCUAAUGGAAAAGUAAGCCUAGAAUCUCCCAUGUCACCGUCAUUGACCAUUGCCGGUACAUAUGUCGCUAUGCGUGUUGCAGGUCGUAGUCUGUUACUUACGACUGAGAAAAAUGAAGAACGGUACUUGAGUAUUGAUAUUGUAUCGUCAAGCACAUUGGUCCAGUGGUGUCUAGCUACUAUGAGAAGAAUUCUUCCUGUCAAGGCUUACGAAAUUAUUUAUACGGGUUUUGUUUAUUUGCUACUGAAGCAUGAAAUGAAUGAAUCUGAAGCGUUAGACUGUUCAUUUCUUUCGUGUUUUUUAACUUUUGCCAGCGUUACCAAGACUGACAGUGAGUCUUUGGAAGAUUGCCUCUUUGGUCAUAUUAGUUUUAGCAAGCUAAUCUCACUUUCGUUACAGCUGAAAAACCUACAAGACUAUACCCCUUUAAAUAAUUACCUGGGCCACAUUCUUAUAUGCUUACACUUUGUUUGCGAAGAGAUGCGACUUAAUUCUACUCUCAGAUUGCAAAAGGAACAUCUAGCCGAACUGCUUUAUCAGUUAGCAAAAUGGGUAAAAUGGCAAUCUUAUGUACAAUAUUAUUCAGCCGACGUUACUCAACCGAACCCCGGCUACAACGUAAGCAUGAACAUUUCAAUUGAUGAACCUCCUGUAAUUCCUUCUAUUAUGCAAUGGCUUUUAACGACUCUACUAUCCCAAAAAAUCCAACCCUUUCAUGGCCCUCAGUACUUUGAACUCUCGCCUAAAACGAUGAACUUAUUUCCAUUGAUGCGUUCUGUACUAAGCUUCUGGGACUCCCUUUUGAACCCUGAUAUUUCGAUAACACUUUUGGUCGAAGAAAUGGUGCAACUUGGUUUGCAACGGAAGAUCAUAAAUCGUUUCCCGGAAGGUUUGUCUGCCAUAUUUCAAACAAUCCUUUCCAUUGCAGCCGAAAAUUGUCCUUCUUCUUGGGAGUCUGAAGAGCUUAAGCUUGUUAAUCGGCUGGAUAUCGAUAGUUUUCUAAAUGGAGAACCUACGCCAAUAAACUCUCAAAAUGCUGAGCAAGAAACCAAAGAAGAGAUUAGAAACAUCACAACAAAUGUUAUUGAUCCAAGUUUAGUUGACUCUGAUGUCAGAAGUGCAGAGUCCGAUUUUUCAGCAUUGCUGUUUAGAAACGAUAAGCGUAUGCAGGAAGUGGAAAAGCUACUAUCUUUUACUCGGCAAGUUACAGUUUCUCUUGAAUCGUUCAAUGUUGGCGGAAGAGAUGUUGUUACACGUCAGCAAAAUGUCGUUCAAAGCAUUGUUAUUCGUACUAUUUCUAUUCCAAUUGGAGCUGGAAUGAUGCGUUUUGGCUCAAGAGACCCUCUCCCUACUGAAGUAAUGGUUCCUCAACCGUUCGAAUACUCUGUCCGGUUUACACCUUCAAAGACAAUAAUUCAGCCUGAGAAGGAGUUUUUCAGUAAGAAUAUUACAGAAUGGGCUGAAUUUCAUGCGGGUGUGGCACUUGGGCUUUCUGUUUGUAAAGAUUCUCAGGAAGUGAAUACAAGCUGGAUCAUGUUCAAUAGACCAGACACAUUAACAACAUACCAUGCUGGUUUCUUACUUGGACUUGGACUGAAUGGCCAUCUUAAGUCGCUGGCGACAUGGCAUUCGUUCGUAUAUCUAACGAGUAAGCACACGCUGACCAGUAUUGGUCUAUUACUUGGACUUUCCGCAUCGUACAUGGGAACGAUGGAUGCUAAAAUUACAAAACUGCUCAGUGUGCAUAUACUGGCUUUGUUGCCUGUGGACGCCAACGAGCUAAAUCUGUCGCCAUUGACGCAAACUGCUGGGUUGCUUGGCAUCGGUUUGCUGUAUUACGGUACUUGUCACCGACGCAUGUCGGAAGUCACGCUUAAUGAAGUUUUAUGUUCUACGAAAAACAAUGAUUACCAUAACGAAGGUUACAAACUUGCUGCUGGAUUUGCUCUUGGCCUAAUCAACCUGGGAAAAGGUGCUAACCUUCCUGGAAUGGCUGAUUUGCAGUUAGCUGAAAAGCUGCAUCACCGGUUAACGAGGGAAUAUCCGAAUGAAAAUCUCGAGACAAGUUCUCCAGGCGCAAUUAUGGCACUCACAUUAUUAUACCUUAAAACGAAUGAUCGAGUGAUUGCGAAGAAAAUUGAUAUUCCAAAAUCAAAAUAUCUGUUAGGAUUCUACCGUCCUGACCUUUUGAUGCUUAGAAUUACGGGAAAAAACCUAAUUCUAUGGGAUGAGGUUCGAGCUGACUAUGAAUGGGUGAAGAGCCAAAUUCCUGAUAUCAUGCUUCCCCAAUUUGACCUUAAAGAAAAAACCAUUCUUUCAUCGGAGGACUUAAUGCUGUAUAAUGUUAUUGCUGGAAUAUGCUUCUCGCUCGGUAUUCGGUUUGCCGGUACUGGAAAUACAAUGGCACGGGAUAUCUUGCUCAAUUUCUUCGACAGCUUUUUACGUUUAUGUGGCAUACCAGCGAAGACACACGACGAGAGAGUCACUUAUGUGACUAUGAUUCGUUCAUUUCGAAAUCUUUGGGUCCUUGCUGUGGAACGUCGUUGCCUAAUUCCCGUCAAUCGUGAAAACGGUUCUCCCUGUGUCGUUCCAUUUAAGCUAGUUACCGUUCAUCAACAAGUACAAAAGGUGGAAGCUCCUGUUCUGCUACCUCCAUUCGAGGAGUUGCACAGCCUGGAAAGUUUAAGUGACAAGUACUGGAAGUUUAAAGUCGAUUUUUCAAAAAAGCGAAAUGUUGAGCAAAUGAAGCGUUCACAAGUAAUUGCGCUCGUUCCAUUUACACAGUCCAUUACAGAGCAAGGAACACUUGUUUUGGAAACCAAACAAGACGAGGCAAACGAGUAUCUUCAAGAACUUCUUAUUGAUAGUCUCGCCUUCAAGGAAAACAAAUCCAUCCUCAGUGACGUUGUUAACGCCUCUACGGGAAUGAGCCAGCGACACGCAUUACAACUUUCAUUGCAACCUUCCUACGACGAAGAUGAUCGCGAUCAACUUGUCAGCAUCAGAAUCCUUAUCCAAUUCUUUGAGGCAUGCUGGACCGGAGUUUUGGCAAACAAAAUGAAUGGUCGGCAGUUCUCUUUCCUGUCUCAAGAAUUUGCCGAACAGCUCAAUAUCCAGCUGUGGCAACCCUUCCUAAACGACGAUGAAAGCUCGAUUGUAUCUCAUUAA